AUGGAUUCGGACUAUUCUCCAGUGCUAAAAUGUACCCAAAUUACUUGGAUGUCAACUAGUCAAAAAUAUUGUACAUGCAAUGAUAAUUAUACUUGGUCAUCAUCGCUACAACAACGUUUCCACUGCAGUGGUAAUGUAGACGUCACUGGGAACGAGUACUGGUAUCCACCAGAAGGUCGUUGUAUUGUCAAAGAUAGUCCAGAUCAUAAUGCACCAGACUACGCAGCUGCUCAUAGUAAUUGUUUAUAUUCAGUACCAUCUGGCCUCACUCUAACAGUACAAUAUUGA